UCAUGAGUGCCAUCCUGGGCUAUGAAGCAAGUUCCAGACCAGCCCAAACCACUUAGUGAGACCCUGUAUAAACGAAGCAAGGUCUAGGAGGAUAGCUAGGUGGUAGAGCAUUUGCCUCACACCAACACCCUGGUAUUGAGCCUGAGGGAGAGAGGGGAGGUGUUUACAGGCUUCAGUAUGCAAGUAUAGUCCUCAGCACCUCUCCUAUGCCUGUCUGACCAGGUUUUCCCGCCUCGAUGGAUUACACGUUGGAGCCCAAUGUCACGAUGACUGACUACUACCCUGACUUCUUCACCACCCCCUGUGACACAGAGCUCCUCCUCAGGGGUGGCACGUUGUAUCUGGCCGUCUUAUACUGCAUCUUGUUUGUGCUGGGCCUUCUGGGAAACAGCCUGGUCAUCUUGGUCCUUGUGGCCUGCAAGAAACUGAGGAGUAUCACGGACGUCUACCUCCUGAACCUGGCCGCUUCUGACCUGCUCUUCGUCCUCUCCAUUCCCUUUCAGACCCACAACCUGCUGGACCAGUGGGUGUUUGGGACCGUGAUGUGUAAGGUGGUCUCUGGCCUCUACUACAUUGGCUUCUUCAGCAGCAUGCUCUUCAUCACCCUCAUGAGUGUGGACAGGUACCUGGCUGUCGUCCACCCUGUCCAUGCCAUCAAAGUGAGGACGGCCAGAGUGGGCACAGCCCUGAGCCUGGCAGUGUGGCUGGCUGCCAUCGCGGCCACCGUCCCACUGAUGGUUUUUUACCAGGUGUCCUCUGAAGACGGCAUGCUACAGUGCUUCCAACUUUACGACGAGCAGUCUCUGAGGUGGAAGCUCUUCACCCACUUUGAAGUCAACGCCUUGGGUCUGCUGCUCCCCUUUGCCAUCCUCCUGUUCUGCUACGUCAGGAUCCUGCAGCAGCUGCGGGGUUGCCUGAACCACAACAGGACCAGAGCCAUCAAACUGGUGCUCACCAUAGUCGUCGUGUCUUUACUCUUCUGGGUCCCAUUCAACGUGGUCCUCUUCCUCACGUCCCUGCACGACAUGCACAUCUUGGAGGGAUGUGCCACCAGGCAGAGGCUGGCCCUGGCCACCCACGUCACGGAGGUCAUCUCUUUCAUGCAUUGCUGCGUGAACCCUGUCAUCUAUGCUUUCAUCGGAGAGAAGUUCAAGAAGCACCUCGUGGAUGUGUUUCAAAAGAGCUGCAGCCACAUCUUCCUCUACGUCGGGAGACAGAUGCCAGUGGGGGCGUUGGAAAGGCAACUGUCCUCGAACCAGCGAUCUUCCCACUCUUCCACACUGGACUACAUCUUGUAAGGGGGGUGGUGUGCACGACAGGCAGCCUCCACCUACAUUGCCCUUCCUGCUCCCAAUCUUCUCCCCCCACCUCCCCACCCCGCUCACUUCUCCCUUCCCCUCCUCCCACUUCUGGCUUGCAGAGACAGAAUCUCACUAUGUAGCCCAGUCUGGCUUUGAACUCUUGCCCUUUGGCCUCAGCCUCAGCUGGACCAGUGCCACCCUUCUUUAAAAGAGAUAGAAUAAAUUUUUUUUUAAUUCCUUGAAAAAAAGUGACCUCUUAGUUUUGGGAAUUUUGUGCCUCUGUCUAUGAUAGAUAAUGUUUUGUAGUUUUUCUCUUAUAUUGUUCUGGCCAGGUUUGGUUCCCUAAUAUGUAUUGACAAAUACUUCUAUUCCCAGGACUGAAGAGAUGGCACUGCAGCUAAGGGCACUCUGAGAACUGGGCCCAGCUCUCAGCACCCACAUGGUGGCUCAAAACGUCUGUAGUCCAGUUUCAGGGGAUCUGGUGUCCCUGUCUGGUUCGGUGGACACUAGGAACACAUAGAGCCAGUGUACAUAACUGCAGGUAAAACACUUAUACACAUGGAACAGAAUAAAAUAAAGUCUAUCCUCUGAGAUGGUUUGUGUAAAAAAUGGCAUUACUUUCUCUUUGAAGGUUUGAUACAACUUAUUAAUAAAGCAAUC